AUGGAGUGUGGUAAUGAAGGAACCUCCAGCGGAUUUUCGGAAGAACCGAACAUCAAGCUAGAAGGGGACGAGCCACUGACCUUCGCCCCUGCCUCGCGAACGAUCGAGGGGCCAGUUGCAGUUGCGGUUGCCGAGAGCUCAAGAGCCGAUGACGGCUCAGGCCGGGAAGUCCGGAACUUGGCAGCGCGCUUGCAGAGGGUGGACGCAAAGCGCGACAGUGAUGACUUUCCUGAAGGGACCCUCGCGAGGUGUAGCCGGAGUCUUC